GUGUAGGUCUCCAUAGUUCUAGCAUCACAGCACAGCUACAGCAUCAGUUUUCAGUUUCAAACGAUUUGAAACCAUCAGCCAGCCAACGAAAUCGAGCUGUAAAGCUGUAAUUGCCCAAGUCUUAGACAAGGAAAAAAGAGAGGACGGGUAACACCCAUUUAACCAUAGAGUUAUAUAUUAGCAUAGAGAGAGUGUCAUUCAGAGCGAAGUGACGACACCAUCUUUUUUAUUUGGAUUAGUGCUGUUUCACUCUUACGCAUAGUAAAGCUGCUACAGUUGUCCUCCUCUUCCGUGCCUAUAUUCACACUGAAUGUCAUCAUAGAUUUUCGAUACAAUGUGUUAGAAAGAGAUGCAGCAAACCAGUCCAUGAGAUCUUGUCGUCAGGAAGCGCGGAAGGUAGGCUCCCUCUAUGUUAAUAUAUACCUCUAUGCAUUUAACACACACGUUCCAAAAGUGAAGCCAGUUUUUGGUUUGUUUGUCACCAGAAACAUGGCGGUCACGUCAAAAAUAACAAUGGGUUGCCAGUGGUGGGUGUUCGUUGAAGGUUAAAAUUUCAUAAAAAAUAAAGUAAAUUAUCAUCUAAAAUUCGUAAUAAAAACAUAUGUAUUAUUGAAACAUAUGUACGUAAUAUGAGCAACUUAAUAAAACAUUUACCGUACACAAAUUCUUCAUUUUAAAUACAUUUCAUGUUUUUAUUUUAAAUACUCAAUGCAUAACAAUACCCCAAAGAUACGUCGAUGAUCAAAAUCCCAGCAUAGGGAUUACGUACACUCGAUACGCAUCGUAUCCGCCAUGUUUUCCCGUAAGGCGCUAUGGGAAAACAUGGCGGAUACGAUGCGUAUCGAGUGUACGUAAUCCGGGCCCUGGUGUCAGUUUGGCUUCACUUUUGGUCAUAGGAUUACUCGUCCUCUCUCUUUCCUUGUCUAAGGCCCAAGUAGCCCAAGAGCAAAGAGCAGUGCCAAAAAAGGAAGAAGAAGAACCCAUAUUUGGCAAACCUAACCUAAACCCAAAAUUAUUAUUAUUUGUUAUUUGCCCUUGCAUAAAUAUGUAAGUAUGUAAGUUUUCCGUGAUUUUACUUUUUGGAUUCAAAAUUAUUAUUGAAAUACAUAAAAUAAAGUGUAAUCAAAAAUGGAAGUAAAACAAGAAAAUAGUGAAGAAGCCUGUAAAGUAGAAAUAGAAUAUAAUGAAUUGGAAGGCUUUAAAUGUGAAAUUCAGGAAGAAUCAAAUAGCAAAAGUACACAUGACACAUAUUUUCCUACAAAUCCUAAAAUAGAACAACUUGACAAUACUCCAUUUGAAGAAAACCAAAACACUGAAAAAGGAUAUCUCCAAGAGGAAAACCAAAUGGAAAUUACGGAGACACUAAUUGGACAUUCAUCUAACGAAGGAAGUUAUAUGAGUCGACAUUCUGAAGGAACGACAUUAAAUGAGAAUAUGAAAGUUACGACUGAACAAGGACUUUACAAGUGCCAAAUUUGUUGUAAACAAUUUACUACAAGAGGUUAUUUGAAAGUACAUGUGGGAUUGCACACUGGAGAAACACCUUAUCAGUGUGAAAUUUGUUUUAAACAAUUUAGUGGAGCAGGUACUUUAAAAAGACAUUUGAGAGUGCAUACUGGAGAAACACCUUAUCAGUGUGAAAUUUGUUUAAAGCAGUUUAAUGAUAAGGGUAAUUUAAAAAGACAUGUGAGAUCGCACACUGGAGAAACACCUUAUCAGUGUCACAUUUGUUUAAAGCAGUUUAGUAAUAAAAGUAAUUUAAUAAUACAUUCGAGAUUACACAGUGGAGAAAAACCUUACAAGUGUGAAAUUUGUUUUAAGCAAUUUAUUCAAGCAUGUGACUUGAAAAGACAUUUAAGAUUGCACACUGGAGAAAAGCCUCAUAAAUGUGAAAUUUGUUUAAAGCAAUUUAUUCAAGCAGGUGAUUUGAAAAUACAUUUGAGAAUGCACACUGGAGAUAAACCUUACAAGUGUGAAACUUGUUUAAAGCAGUUUAAUAAUGGGAGUAAUUUAAAAAAACAUUUGAGAUCUCACACUGGAGAAACUUCUCACAAGUGUGAAAUUUGUUUAAAGAAAUUUAUUCAAGCAGGUCAUUUGAGAGUACAUUUGAGAGUGCACACUGGAGAAAAACCUUACAAGUGUGAAAUUUGCUUAAAGUCGUUUAAUAAUAAGAGCAAUUUAAAAAAACAUUUGAAAGGUCACUGCGAAAAACGACCAUAGUCAUUUUUAAUACGGUAUGCGUAGUGUGACCAACUAGCCCGAAAAAUCCGGGGCAUGACCCGAAUUACGAAGUUGUGUCCCGGCGUCCCGGACAAGGCUUCCGGGCCAUCCGAAUUUUCAACGUUUUGGUCAAUUUCUAUUUUGAAAUUUUGAAUACCUUAUUUUUCUAAGAACUCACAUCAAAGGGCCUAGCCGGGUUAGAUGAUGAAAAGUGCCCCCAACUCGAUUCGAAUUCCAUAUAGGUCACCGUUUAGUAUAUACAUAUAGUGAAACUAACUUUCUGAAAUUUUUAACCCCCUAGGUGGUCAUGUGACCCACCUAGAACCUAAUUAGGCGUUUUAUGUUUUUAUUUUUAUCUCAGCCGCAUCGAGAACUAGCGAAAAACUUUAGAGAAAAAAGUUGUAAACUUUAAAAAGUUCUGUUCGAAAAAAAUUUUUUUUUUAAUUUUUGGCGGGAAAUUUAAAUUUUAGAACGAUUUUAAAAUUUUAAAUGAGUAUAAAAAAAUAACUAAGACAUUCGUU